UUCUAGCGAGAGAAUGCGCCGAGCCGGCAGGCAGCACUGAGUAUCGGUGCGCAAGCGCGGUGGAGGCAGGCCGGGAUUUAAAGGGGUAGUGUCCGCGGGUGCUGCCCCUUUGGGGGGGGGGCGGGCGGCGGCGGCGGGAGGGAAGUCUCAGUUCGGCUUUUUUUAGAGGCGAGUGGGCUUUGUUCCUCCUGUUUGGGAAACAUGGUUUGCGGGGGCUUCGCCUGCUCACGCAAUGCUCUGUGCGCCCUCAACGUCGUUUACGUGCUGGUUGGUCUACUACUGAUUGGUGUGGCUGCCUGGGGCAAAGGAUUUGGGGUUGUUCCCAGCCUCCACAUCAUCGGAGGGGUCAUUGCCGUGGGCUUCUUCCUGCUUCUCAUCGCCAUCGUGGGACUCAUUGGUGCUAUCAACCAUCACCAAGUCAUGCUUUUCUUUUAUAUGAUAAUUCUAGGGCUAAUCUUUAUUUUCCAGUUUGGGAUUUCCUGUGCAUGCCUGGCACUAAAGACACAUAAGCAGGAAAGUAUUUUGAGCAGUACCUGGAACUUACUGAAUGACAACACCCGGAUAUCAUUGGAAAACAAAUUAGAUUGCUGUGGAUUAUUCAACAAAACUGAAUCUGCUGAGCUAUUUAAGAGAGAUGUUGAGAAUUGCAGUGCACCAUGCACAAAAACAAAGAUUGCAUGCCUCAAAUGUGGCGUUGUGCUGAUGGAACAUGCAGAUGAGGCUUUGAAAAUCCUUGGUGGAGUUGGACUCUUCUUCAGUUUCACAGAGAUCCUUGGAGUAUGGCUUGCAAUGCGUUACCGAAACCAGAAGGAUCCCAGAGCCAACCCCAGUGCCUUUUUAUAGUUCUUUCUCCUACCACCUUCCAGGUUUCCUUUUUAGUUAGUCACUUCUUGCUUAUUUAAGACCUAUUUCCAUCAUUUGGUUGCCAACCACUCUCACAGGCCCUAUGAGGAGGAAUUUUGCCUUUAUGCCAAAACGCUGAUAGGAUGAAAUAGCAAGCGAAGGUCUCAUCCAUGACAUGAAGCCUUUGACAUGGGGCAAAGGGAUCCAGUACUGGAAGAAAAAGGCAGACAUUAGUUGGUAUCACGUAAAAUAGUGAAAAAUCAUUUUGUUGACUCAUCAUAACUACAAUCAUUUUGGUGUUUUUAAAAUAUUUGUAUUAUCGUACCCGUGUUUUUUAAAAAAGAUUUUCCUUAAAGCUGCUUUUUUUCCCCUCACAAGUGUCUUCAUCUUGACAAGGUAAAGCGCUUUGCCUUACCUUUUAAGCAGCAGAGGCAACAAUUGUCCCAUAAAAUUACUUUCCACCAGGUUUGCCUGCUCUUCCCAAAUUUGUGUUUCCUAUGGUCAAACACAGUAAACACGAGUGCUAGAUGAAGCAGCUCUGGGGAAAGAUUUAGUAUAAAUAAGCAUGAUAUAUGUCUUAUUUUAGGAUUUUGUUUUACAAGCCAAAAUUGAAAUUGAUCUAAAUUCAGAAUUUACAAUCAUAUACUUUAGGCUGCCUCUUUUCAAAGAGGAAGGUCAUGAUCUGCCUAAAACUGACCGGCGAACUCACUGGCUCAUAGUGUAAUCACAAUUACAUCUUUAAAAAUUCUUAAAACUGGCUUUUAAAGUGAUUCCUCCUAAAGUGAAAUCAUAAUUCUACACCUUUGGAACAAAAGGAACUUGAGUGAUACCAGCCUGAGUUUUGAAUCCCAAGUUCCUUUGCAAUAUUCUUCCUGUGGUGGAGGAUGAAGACUUGAAACUGUUGUAUGCUGGUGUGUCCUAGAUAUGUCCUAUUCUGUUCAGUUGUUUCCCCUGUAUUUAAUGGUUGUGAGUAAGGAUGUAUGUGAGGAUCUUAGCUACCCCCUCCCAAUGGGGAUUCCGUUGUUUGAACGCUAGCCCGCUUGUGUAGAAGCCCCUCCCCCUGCUUCCGAUUUCAGCCUGCUAUCAUUCUCAUAUGCAAUUUCUUUUGUUCUACUUUUUAACAAGGGAAGCUGCGGCUGAGCACAAGCAUGUUACACAUUUAACAAUGGGCUUUGUAUAGAAUUAAGUGAGCUAGAUGACAGCCUAGGGAAGAUGGUUGCCAUGCUAUCGGUCUCUCUGUCAAGAAAGGUCCUAGUGAAGCUCCUACGGAGGCGUCCGUUCAAAGCCAGAUCUUUCAAGGACCGAGAUUGGAAAGACCCAUUGUCUUCAAGACGAAAAGCAGAAGCACGUUCCCUUUUAACGGAGGGAAAGGAAACACGGACUGCUUUCUCUUUGAUGAGUAUGAAUGUCUCCUCGUGAAACCUUGAAUGUUUCAUAGGCUGCACCCUUAUUACACACGCCGUACUGUUUAUUUAUAAAUUAGGGAAUGUCUCAUAAUCAGUGGCACCUUUUGCGAGCAAGUCCUUAUAUAAGGCAGGUGGAAAUAGCUUGGCAAAUUCUUCUCGACUCCUAAAGCUACGGCUGGCCUCUUUUGACGUUAUCAUCCUGGGCCGAUAAAGUAGCAUUAAAUGGUACAGAUAAACCCCAAAACAUUGUUCUGCCUUUUGAAAACAAGGGUGGAUUGAGAAAGAUUGAUCUCUCUAGACUGCUUUUUUUUUUUUUUUUUUGAGCUAGGGCUACAAUUCCAGUCAAAAGUUGAGAUGGGAAAAAGUGGGAGAAGAUCAUUGUAAACAUUUGGUGUGUACUCUAUCCUUUUGAUGUGGACUCUAUCCUUCUGAGGAUUACAAAAGUUGGCUAAUAACAGAGUGCAAAUGUGAAUAGAUGACGAAUAACCGAAGUUGUCUCUAUAAAGCAAGCACCUGGCGAGAGAUGCAUCUUAACAGAUUUCCUAAAUGCAAAAAAAUAAAAAUAAAAUUAAAAAAUGGUGGCCAUUUGCAGCUCCUGAAUGAGUGUUAUCUGAGAGUGAGGCCCUCUCCCAUACCCCCAAAAUAAGAGUUGCACAAGGGAGACAACAUGAAAAGAACCUGCCCUGGAGAUCCCAACAACUAUAAAAGUGUGAAUCAUGGGACAGAUUCUAAGCCAUUUAAAGAUGUCAGGGUUAACAUUAACACCUUCAAUUAUGCUCAGGAAGCAACUGGCAAACCAGAGAACUUUUAGUACAGGCUUCACCGGAUCCUUGUACCUUGCACUAGUUAGGAUCCUCACGCUGCUUUUUGGAGUAAGUGCAGUUUCUGUGCAGUCUU